GGUGGGUUAGCAUCUAUAGUUCCCUUUGUCGAGGGAGGUUAAGCCGGUCCCGAGGCGGCUUCCUCUCCAUUCCUUUUGUACUCGGCUAGAGCAGCAGGAGGGGUCGAUGGCCAACUCGAGACUUCUUCAUUCAAUCCGACAUCGGUGGAAAAGAAAAGGAGGUCAUCAGAUGGAUGGGAUGGAUCUCUUUUAGGGUGGUGGGUCGACAGCUUUCGGAGUAGGAAAUCGCAUCAUAAGCGGGUAGGUCAUAUAGGUUUCGAGGAGGGGAACGAUAUCCGAUUCCGAAUACUGCUCCUUCUUUACCAGGUUCAGAUCUUUACUCGACUUAUAAUGUGGAGGGGGCAUCAAUCCUAUAAACGGGGAGUUUAGGAGACGGAAUAAAGGCUGAUCUGGCAAUCGAUCUUGAUGUCGCCUCGUCCCCUCAACUGCUUCAUUAGCGGGUGAUCGAUCCGUCGAAUCCUCCUUCCCCAACCUUUCUGCUGGACUAUUCAUUGGAUUGGUCUACCCGGCGCCCUAUCGGGGCGGUGGAAGGCUGGCUAAGAAUCAUGUCCUAUUCAACUCGAUCGGAGCAGACUGAACGGGAGAUAGAGGAGUACUGCUGGCUAGGAUCGGAUAGCUCUCUUGAUCCGAUCAAUGGAAAGGAUGGUCCGUAACCCCUCUCACUCGAUCGGAAGGAGGGGGAACAUGCCACUCGACGUCCAGCAUAUACUUCUAUCGGAUAGCUAUCUCACUCCCAUUCCCGCUCCUUCUUUCCUUCGUCGGCCCGACAUUUCAGUAGGCGAUCAAAUCCCUGUUCGCUUUCUUGGUUCGCUCUCUCGGGCCAGUAGGGGCGGUGGAAGGAUCAACCCCUCUCGGGCAAGGGGGAUGGACGGAUUAAAAGGCUGGUGCGUACGUUCACAUGGCUUUUUGUCUCACGACCCGACGGGUUCAAGAGGGAACCGGAAACGAUGACUGAACCUUUAAUGCUUUUUAUUCCUUCCCAACGACUGAUUAAUGCCCAACCUUUCUGGCUUCCCCAUUUCUUGCCACCAUAGACGAGACUCCCGAUUCCGCGUAUCCUCGGCUAGUUGAGGGGAGGGAAUCACGGAGAAGCGUUCAAGCCGCAGUAGGAGAUGAAAUAAACUCUUUGGUGUCGGGCCCAACACCGUAGUAAUAAGAAAUGCUCCGCUGGCCAGGCAUAUCCAUUCGUAGCAAGCAAUUCGCGGGGAGGGGCAGCAUGCAUGCAUGCAUCUAAGUAUCGAUCUAGAAACGGUCGGUCAAUUCGCUGCGAUCGCUCACACCCCCUGCUCUGGGGAGCAGAAAUAUACUCCUUUCCCUUAUAGAGGAAGACCUCAAUUCUCGGAAAUAAGGGAACCAUGCACGACCUUUCGCUACUCAUUCCGGGAUCGGGCUAUUCGCGAACACCGGAACCAGACGCCGCCACUCGAGACUACUACUGCUGCUGAGACUCGGACAACUGGCUUUGCUACUAGUCGAUCUGGAUCCACUUAUGUAAAAGUCUACAGCUGGUGCUUCUACCUUCGUCUCAUUCACCGGGUUACGCUCUGAAUCUAUAGUUUGAGCUUUUCUAAAUCCGAUUUGGCAGUGGGUACAGAACGUUUCACAUGGGCCUUCCCUAUGCUAGCUUUCUCGCUCCCGCACGCUGAGAGCAAAUGGUUUAAAGAGGCGGUCCGCAUCCUCAUCGAUUCAUUUUGGAACUAACUCCCUUCUCUCUCUCUCGCCGUCUUGACUGAGGGUCCCUUCCAUCCUACAGAAAUGGAAGAGCUGGUCUCAAACCCGACGAUCCUCAAAAAAGGAGAGAGUCAGAGAGUAGGAUAGGUUUGAAAAUGCACCAGGGGGAGGUUGAGUCCGCCUCCUCAUUACAGGAGAAAGCCCAGUCGUGUAGCGGGCCGAUUGGGAUCAAAAGUUUCCGCAGGUCUUUUUUAGCUUAACACAACAAUGCGUUUUCACGCAAACAUAAAGGCAUUGCGCUUAUACUAUUAAAAGAAGGGGCCUCUUUUCUGAGGGGCCACCGAUUUCAUCACCUACUACAGAGUGCCUCAGCCCGCAGGCAGUGGAACAGGGACCGACUUCAGCUCCCGCCCCAUUGGAGGGUUGAACACUCCCUCACGUCAAGGCCAUCCCUCCGAAAUGCCGUGACGUCCUUUCCUUUCCUAUACUUUUUGGGUACGUUUCUCAACCGCGCUUUCAGUGCGAAAGUAGGGCAUUUCCCCUAGAUUCUACUGUGGUCUGCUUUGGUUGGUUUCUGCCGAUUAUCUUAUCAAGCCUACUGUCUUUUCUAUUUCUCUCUGAUUCUCUUUCUUUAUAUUGAAUCCGAGGGCCUCAAAUCGUGGAGUUGUCAAAGCCUUUCCCCUUGUGCCGCCUGGCCUGGGUGCGAUGUGCAAUGCCUUUCACUGACUAACAUCCUCUUUCUCCAGCCUUCCUGAAUUUUUUGAAUCUUUUGCGUCAAGGUGAUGGAUACAGGAAGAAUUUAGCGUUUCCAGCCUCUUAUUCUGAUUAGUGCGGCUGAGAAGAUAAAUGCCCCGCGCAGAAGAAUAAAGGUGCAGUUGGCGAAGUGACCUGACGUCUAAUGAACCGUCAAUUUUUCUAUAGAGUAUAUAGAGUUAUGUGAGUUGUGCGGCGUUUGGUUAUGCUGUGGUCUAGACCUAUAUAAUAUAAUAGAAGGGUGCGAUGAGGAGAAGGUUUCAGUUUCAUUCUGACCACUAUCUUUUUGAAACAGAUAGUUCACAGUGCUCAUUCUAUCAAAACCGGCAAAGCCAACUCAUGUUUCCACUCCAUUUUCAUUACGAAGAUGUAUCACGUCAGGAUCCGUUGCUCAAACCGAAUCACGCCAACGUUAUGGAAGUUCCUGGAUCGUGUGAAAUAAGAGUAGUACCAAAGGCACCCUCUGAUUUCAGAAUCAAAAAUGGAAAAUUGGCUAUGGAGAUUCCGCGCGGUCAGAGAUUCAUACAGACACAAAGGGGUUCGACAGGAAAGUCGUUUCGAUCCAAUCAAUUCUUGGGGUCCGAUAAAGAAAAAAAAGGAUAUGUCAGUGACCUAGCACGACAAAGCACUCUCCGAGGGCAUGGAAUGUCUAAUUUUUCGGUAAGAAUCUCGACAGUAAUGUCUCUGUUAGAUUCUCCGGUCGAAAUACGGGAAAACCCCAUUCAAUUCUCGAUGGAAACGGAGUUUUGCGAAUUAUCCCCGGAACUGGAAGAUCAUUUCGAGAUCUUCGAGCAUAUUCGAGGGUUCAAUGUGACUAUUGUCACUUCGGCCAACACACAAGAUGAGACUUUACCACCGUGGAGCGGCUUUUUGCAAAAAGAUGAGGGGAAUUCUCAGUAAGAUGUCGGAGAAGCGAAAUAUACGAGAUCACAAACGUAGAUUGCUCGCGGCUAAAUAUGAAUUGAGACGAAAGCUUUAUAAAGCCUUUUGUAAAGAUCCCGAUCUUCCCAGUGAUAUGCGGGACAAACAUCGUUAUAAGUUGUCCAAGUUGCCAAGAAAUAGUUCCUUUGCACGAGUCAGAAACCGAUGUAUUUCCACUGGUCGCCCUCGUUCCGUAUAUGAGUUCUUUCGCAUUUCUC